AAUCUCAAAAUAUCUAGUGAGAUUAUUUUGUUUUUAACUUUCAAUGCUGAAGUAUUUAUUUGACUUAUUUUUAACAAAGUUUGAAUUUUUAAACCAAUAAAAAUGAAGAAAUCAUUUCUCUUCAUCAUUUACCUUAUCGCAUCACUAAGCGGACUAUCGUCAUCAACUGAUAUUGUUUGUGACUACAGCGUAACUAGAUUCACUGUAAUUGGUGACGUUUAUCGCUGUUCAAUCAAAGACAAUCCAAACAUUUUAACUAAAGAAUCAGCAAAAGUCAACAUCCUCAGAGGAUCACACUGGGACUCAAAAAGUAACGACGAUGUCCUCGGUUUUGUUGCAUUUGGCAUAACAAUGCAGUACUUCCCAACUGGAUUAGAUAAAUAUUUCAAAAAUAUCAAAGCAAUUUACAUCCAAUCGUGUCAAUUAAAGGAAAUCCAUCAAUCGGACUUGAAACAAUUCCCAAAUUUAAUAAGCUUAAGUUUCUACUUCAAUUCUAUUAAAUCCAUUGAAGCUGGUCUGUUUGACUUUAAUCCAAAUUUACAAUUAAUUGCGUUUCUUGAACAACAAAUUGUCCGCAUUGAUCCAAAUGUUUUUGAUCAUUUGAAUAAUUUAGAGUCUUUCUACUUCCAUCUAGUGCCAUGCGUUAAUCAAUACAUUGAAAAUUCUAGAGAGGAAGUCAAAGCAGCCAUUCAAAUUGUUAAGGAAAAAUGCUCAAUGAUUUAUGACUCAUGCACUAUAAAUAGCAACUAUGGCCAUAGCAGCCCAUCCUAUGAAGGAUUAAAGGAUAUUUACUUAUGUUAUAUCAUUAGUGAUCCUAAAAUCACAUCAAAGGAUUUAGCUGACAGUUGUGGAAUCAGUGGAACACACGCAACUUCAAAAACCAACGCUCAUGUGCACGGUUUUUAUGCUAAAUCAAAAACAAUUAAUUAUUUUCCACAUAUUUUAAGUAAAAAAUACCAAAAUCUCAAAAUGAUAACAUUUCAAGAUUGCAAAAUGAAGGAAGUUCAUCAAUCAGACCUCAAGCCAUUUCCGAAUUUAGUUCAUUUUAAUGUCAAGUUGAAUGAGAUUGAGGUUAUUGAGCAAGGUCUUUUUGAUUUUAAUCUAAAUUUAGAAUAUAUUAGCUUUUCCCAAAAUAAUAUUGUCCAUAUUGACUCGAAUGUUUUUGAUAGUUUAAGUAAAUUGCGAUGGUUUUUCAUGGAUCCUGACUCUUGUCUGACCAACUCGAAUAGCGUAUCUGACUCAAUAGAGCAAGUUGUAGAAGUUAUUAAAAUUGUUAAGUCAAACUGCACAAAUUCUGAAUUUUUAUCUCUUGAUGCUCAACUUAAAAACCUAGAAAUUGAGUCAAAAGAACCAAAUUUUGAUGAAUUUGCCUCCCAAAUGGAGAGCUUCAUAAGAGUUUAUAAGAACUCGAGACUAUCUAAGGUCCGAACCUUAAAUGAUCAAUUCCAAGCACUCUUGAACAGCGAAGAAUGUCCGAAUUGUCAUCAAAUGAUUAAACUUAUAGCUUUGGAUAAAAAAGUUUCAAAAAUUGAUGAAAAUCUGAGCGUUAAUCAGAAAAUCAUUUUAAAUAAGUUUGAAGACCUUAGCUUAACUAAAUGUGGACUGGAUGCUGUUGAACUUAAAGCUACACUCUCAAUCACUUUGGAUAGCUUAAAGUCAUUAGUAAUUGACCAAGAAUCUAAACUUGAUCAGAUCCAAAAUACCCAAAAUCAGCUUAAUGACAAUAGUCAAACUGAGGUUAAGUUUGAUGACCUUAGAGCAUCUCAAGACUCGUCCCUUAGCGUCCUAACAUCAAAACUUAAUGAACUCAAAAAUAACAUAAAAGAAAGUCAAAUCAAUGACAAUUCAGAUGACAAGAUCUCGGCACUACGCUUUAAGGAUCACUUUAUUGAUUUUGAGGGAAAAAUAGAUGAGAAGCUUGAAAGAAUUGAGAAGAAACUGACAACCAAGGUUGACAAAAUGUCAACAAAUCUUGAUGAAAAAGUUAAAGGACUUGAAAGUCGACUGAUGAAAAUUUUUGAGGAAAUUUUAGAAGAAAAAUUGCAGAAAUUGGUAAAACUAAUGAAAUAGACGCCUUACUUUGUUAGACUAAAGUUUGAGGAAACGACAUCUCUGGAGUAAAGUUACAACAAAGCCGGAAUUUCCUGAAAGUCAGGGCUUGGCUCUAUUCAAAAUAGUAAAGUUAAG